UCGCUUUCCUCUGAAUCUCCUCUCUAUUUUAAUUGUGACAUACUUGUACCGUUUCGGUAAAUAGAAUGUCAAAAAUGUUUUCAUUUUUAUGUGUCAUUGCCUGCUUUGUCAAUUUGGCGGCCAGUCAACACACUGACUUCGAACCGGAAAUCCAGGGUUACUCCUUCAACCGUCCCGGCCCACCCGGACCCUCCCAAUUCCCGGCACCACUUCCCCGCGACUACGAAUCGUUAGAUUGUGUCGUGAAACAGGAUAUUCUCUGGAGGAACAUCGCCGCCAAACCCUAUCCGACCAACGCCAUGCCCACGAUCAACUUCCAGGUGCCGGUGACCAAUCAGCUGCUUAACCAGAGCUUCAUCAUCCAAGCCUUCACCCUGACCGGCGACGAAUUCCCAGUGGACAGGCCCAAACUGAUCCACACCUACGGGAGCACCGGAAAGGUCACCCUCGAGAUCUUCCGCAACUCCUCGUACAGCGGGAUGUUCGCCGCCGGUUCGAUGAACCCCGGGAUCAUCCGGUUCUCCCUGGGCGAUAUCACCGCGGCGAGUUUCGGACCGUCGUUUGCGCUGAAGUUGUUUGUCGAUCAUCGACCCUCCGUGAACAUCGUGGCGAUGAAUAAUCCGGAUGGACAGGGAACUGACCGGAACUUCUUCUCCAAGACCUUCACCAAUUUCCGCCCGGCACCGAUGGAUGCGAAUAAUAUCAAAUUCGGGAAGAUCUUCCAUGAUGCGCUGCUGACGAAAUUGUCCGGCGGAGAGUGCCAGCGGCCGCUGGAUGAAAACCGUCUUCCGGUGUAUGAUGUGGCGGCGGCGUAUGCCGGGCGCCGGGUCAACGCGCCGACGGUACUGAAGUUUAUUCCCAAUCCCGCGGUGGGAUCGGAUCCCAGUAGUCAGGCGGAUUUCCGGUUGAAUUUGAACCGGAUUCGACCGGAGUCGCUGUUGUAUACGGUAGCGGCAAAGGCGACGGAGAACAGCCGAGAGGAGAUUAUUGGGCGGAUAUGGCUGAGAAGUCCGCUGGUGUCGUCGGAAUAUCAAGAUAAACGACUGCUGUUCCAGCAUCCCAGGAUGCGUUGCUAGAUUUUUUCUGCUUUGUUGCAGCUGUUUUAAAUUGGUUGUAACGUUCACGGUGAUUAGCGUGUCAACGCGAAUAUCAUGAAUUAAUAAUUUUGUGUUGGGCUUAUUUAUUAUAUUUAGGAA